AAUAUACUUUAAAGAACUCAUUCUUCAGUAAUCAUACCUUUAAAUUGUAAUUCUUUGUCAUUUUCAAUCAAUAUUUUUCUAGCUUCAAAUAGUUAUUAAGAUAAAUCUAUUUAACAAAUACCAUUAAUCUUCAGGAUUGCAAGACUCUUUUGAGUUAUUGUCUAAUUGCUAAACUCUUUUAAAACUUCUAAAUUCAAAAUAAUGAUUCUUUAUUACAAAUGGAUCGAUUUAUAAAACUUAAAGACUUAUUUUUUCAUAAUUAUUAUUUUUAUAUUUUAUAUAAUAAGAAAAAUCAUAUUAUAAUCAAAAUCAAUUUUUGUACUUUUUGAGUAAACAAUCCAAAACUGAACAGUUUUAAUAGAACCUGAUAUUUUUUGAUAACAUUUGGCAUUAUUUAUUUAUUAUAAAAAAUUAGCUAAACC